GCGCGACAGGUCACACGCGUGCCCCUCUCCAUCCAGCGCGGCCCCUAAGCCCGAGACGAGCCAUCGGGGACGCGGCUCAUCCCAACGUCGACGGCAGCCCGGCCGCGUUGACCCCUCGGACACCUCGCGCCCUGGGACAUCCGCGGACGCACGGAGCAGAAUCAUCUCCCCUUCGCUGAGUAGUGGGGGGGGAGGGGGGUGGGGAGGGGGUUUGCAAGGGGGAGGUGGUGGUGGUGUUCUAGGCUGCGUCUCCCGUCACUCCUCGGCGUACCACCACCACCACCACCCCUCCUCCUGCCCGAGCAGGGGGGCACGGUCACGCCAUGCGCAGCCUACCCCUGCCCCUCGUGCUCGUCCUCUUGCUGCCGCUCGUCGCCUUCCCCGGGGGUCUCGGGGCCGCGAGGGCCUCGUCUGUGCGGCAGCGCCGGCCGUGGUGGGGCAUCGCACAGUCGGGGACUCCAUCCAACCUGCUCCGAGCCCACGGAGGCCCUGCGGCCGCUGCGGAACCCACGGACUUGGCGCUCGCCCCGCUGGGCAAGCGGCAGAGGCGUCUGGUGCGGCACAACCCGGGCGUGCUGCACAGCGCCCUCGCCUCCGUGCACGCGGCGGUCCGCGAGUGCAAGUGGCAGUUCCGCCACCGGCGCUGGGACUGCCCCACCACGGGCAGCGGACCCGACAUCUUCGGAAAAAUCUUGCAGCGAGGCUGCCGCGAGACGGCUUUCAUCCACGCCGUGAUGAGCGCGGCGCUCGCGCACGGCGUGGCGCGCGCCUGCAGCGAGGGCAGCAUCGCCUCCUGCACGUGCGACUACGGGCGGCGGGGCCGUGGGGGCCCCGACUGGGAGUGGGGAGGCUGUAGCGACAACCUGCCAUUCGGAACUCGCUUCGCCCGGGAGCUGGCGGCCGGGGGAGGAGGUGGCCGUGGCCGUGGUGGUGGUGGAGGAGGUCGUGGUGGUGGUGGAGGUCGUGGUGGUGUGGCCGGAGAGCGAGGAGGACGCGACGCACGUGCGCUCAUGGAUCGACACAAUGAGGAGGCGGGCAUGCGGACCGUCGACUCCGAGAUGCGUCGCGAGUGUAAGUGCCACGGCAUGUCCGGCUCGUGCGCCCUCAAGACCUGCUGGCUGCGCCUGCCACCGUUCCGCGCCGUCGGCGACCGCCUCAAGGAGCGCUUCGACGGCGCCACGCAGGUGGCCGACUACGGCCGAGAGGGCAACCGCGCCUCCAAAGACUCCGAUCGCGGCGGCGGCGGCGGUGGCGGCGGCCUCCUGCGACCCGCAGAUCCGGCGCACAAACCGCCGGGUGGCCGCGACCUCGUCUACGUGGACGAGUCGCCCGAGUUCUGCCACGCAGACACCGCGGGGUUGUCGUGGCCGGGAACCCGUGGCCGCGUCUGCGUCCGUGGCUCGCCGGGCCUCGGCGGCUGCGAGCUGCUGUGCUGCGGGCGCGGAUGGACAAGCAGGGAGGCGCGAGUGAGCGAACGGUGCCUCUGCACCUUCCACUGGUGCUGCACCGUCACGUGCCAGAACUGCACGCGGGUGGAGACUGUGCACGAGUGUCUGUGA